UCAGACAUGGAUUUUCCCAUCCCUAAAGGCUGCACACACUCUGAGAGCCUCACCAUAAGGGUCAGAGUUAAUAAUCUGCUAGGGGUUCAGAGUGAUGAUCUGGUGCUUCAGAAGUUCAGGCUUCUUCAUUCAAUAAACUGCUCACUAAACCCUGCAGCUCUGCAAUGUUAGGGAAGGCUUGUUCUGCUGUUCUUCUGCUGAUGUUGGGAUGGCACUGCGCUGGAGCAGUGAAGGACCUGCGGCCUGAUAUUACUGAUCAGGAGUUGUUUUGGGGAGCAGAUCAGUAUGACUUUGCCAUUGUGCUCCCAGCUGCAGGCCUCGACUGUUUCUGGCAUUUUGCUCACCUAGGAGAACACUUCUACCUCCACUUUAUGGUUCAGUGGGUGACCGGAGUGGCUGUGGACAGGCAUCUCUCCGUCAUUGUUAAUGCUCCGAGUGGCCUUGUUGUGGGCUCAGUGGACGACGCCAGGGGUGAGAUCGCUUUCACCACUAAAGAGACUGGUUUCUAUCAGAUGUGCUUCAGCAACUUCCACAAUCGCUUUGGCAGCAUGCAGAUUUUUCUGAACUUUGGUGUGUACUAUGAAGAUUCAGGGGAUGUCAGAAAUCAGAAAGAGAAAGAGGAGAUUAAGAAAGAGGAAGAGAAGAAGGAAUUAAACAGUACACUCACUACUAUUGAGAUAAGCUCCGUCCGAGUGCAGGCCCAUGUGUUUCACAUGUGGCGUUUUUAUAACUUUGAGAGAAUGAGAAGAGGGACAGAUUACUACCUGCUGCAAUCCAACGGCAACUACAUCAGCACCUGGUCAACUGUCCAGAGCUUCGUCAUCGUCAUGGCCGGAUACCUACAGCUCUUCUUCCUCAAGAAGCUUUUUGAGACCAAGCCCACCACAGAGACAGACAAGCCCCGCUGCUGACCUCUCCUCCCCAUGCUCCUGAAGUACUCGAGGACAUCAAAGAUAGCCUUGCUCUGAUGAAUGUUAAAUGACCUUUAAGUGACUCUAUUGUCACUCUUCCUAUCACACAUGUAUACUCUACACACAUGAAUAAAGCUCAUCAUCAGCUCA